AUGGAGAUGCCAUUUACAGAACAAGAACAGCGCUUCCUCCUUGCAGAGGUGAUCAAGACAAGCUCUAUACCACCAGAGAAGUUGUUGGUAAUUUUGAAUGAAAGUAACGUCAACCCAAAUUGGUUGUUGAUGCAGGUUCCCCAAGGACGAAACUUGGCAUCCUGUAUCAACACUUUUGAAAGUCUCGCUGGCCGAAAUUCCAAUAAUUUGACACCGCAAUUACCUCCCCCUCAAUUUCUUUCAGGUGGCUCUCCUAGCCUACAGAACAAACGCAAGUCUGUUUCCGAUCUUGAGUUGACCGGUGUCGAUUCUUCUCGAAAACGCAGAACCCCAGGUUUAGAUGUCGUUUCUGCUCAGCGCAACAUUCAACCCAAGCCAGCCGCAAAUGGCUCCCCAAUCUCUUUUGCCUCGCCAUUCGUAGGUCAAGGACCCAAAAAGCGUGGUAGACCUUCCAAGAAUGAUCUUAAGCUUCGACAGGCUGAAGAAAUCGCGCGUGGGGAGAUUUUAGGUUCACUCGAAGUACCUAAAAAUUCCAUCAACUCCCCCAUUGCCAGUGGUGGUGACAUCAGCUUAGAAAACAUUUUAUCUGCUACACCUGUCGUUACUCUGGCUCAAGAGUCUGAGCCAAGUCCAGUUCUUUCCUUUGGCGAUCAAACAGACUCGGGCAGAAAAAGGCGUGGCCGACCAACUUCCAGGUCAUCAAAUGUCCCAAGAACAGGUGAAGGCAGCUUUCCUAUCCUCGCUGCUCAAUUUUCCCGACAAGUACAGCCCCUCCAGCGAUUCGGUACUCAGCAGACUUUCGAUCGAUCAAUGAGAGCUCAAUUUCAGCCUGAGUCUCGUGAAGGUCAAAUGCACAGAGAUAAUCAAGGCCAAGGGAUACAAUUUGAUGUUCCAGGCAACACUGAAAAGCGACAGAUGUAUAUUCGUGGCGAUGCAUGCGAUAAAGAACAGCAGGAAAUGCAAUAUAAAGGCGCAGCUAUGGAGCGCAAGUCGAUGGACCAAAAGGAUGAUCGAAGACCUGAGCUGUAA